AUGAGCUCAUCAACGAUGGGACUGGACGACCAGUCCAAAACUUAUCAGCGCCAAAACCCCGCCAGUAAACGUUCAUAUCUUGAUGCCUUUGGCCAUAAAAGGCCCGACUCCAGCACUAUCAAUGACCACCACUCACGAUUGCAAGGUCGGGCUCAAGGAACUCUUUCGCCCUCAACCACCCCGCUACAGCCAUCAUUGAAAGCCGAGAAAAGAAAGCAGUCGCGUACUCGAGGCGCUGUCGAGGGAGGCAAUGAAAGUAAUGGCGUCCACCAUGGUCCCGAUCUAGAUCUCUAUGACCUCACGAGUCUCGAUGGCGGGGAUACCGCAAGACCGCAGGUCUCCAGUUCACCAAAGCUCCGUUCGCCGAGAGCGAGACCACGGGCUCCCGUCAUAAAAACAAAACCAGAAAAUGAGGCAAAGACACGGAAUGUCCCCUCCUCCCCCGAGCCGCAAACUACGACAAAUCGCAAGCCUAAACUAGCCCGAACUGUUUACGGAGCGGCAACCAGGCUCAAGCACAAUCGAGAAAGGGACCUUACGGGUAAACAUCAGCCGUCUGCAAGCCGCUCCUCGUCGAGCGCUAUUGCGCUUGAUGAACCUCUCGCCCAUAGACUCUCCCUGGUGCCCCGAGCCUCCUCUGGCAGCACAAGGCGAGAGCGCCUCAUUGAUAACCUAGCUCACCAGGGUGUAGCGGAUUCCCAAGAUGCUUUUGAUCCUCAAGACUCCCGCUCGCCUUCCCGUUCGCAUGCUGCGUCCAAUCCUGAGCAUGCCACCGCCAACGCCACUGCUCCUCGGCACGAUCGCAUGACGAAAGUGUCAACCACAGUCAAAUUUACAUAUGGGUCGCGGAGGUCCAUGCUUCGGGAAACGAGUUCUGAGGAUCAGAUACAGCCACGCACGUCUUCGCCUGUCCCGAUGGCCCUUACUCUCCCAAAGGAAAAUGAUCUAUUUUCUCUGGAUGCGCAGUUUUUGUCAGAUCACAGCGAUGAUGAUACGUCCCACAAGGGGGCCGUUCAAAGCAUCCAUGAACUCCGUCAGGCGGGUGCCAACAAUCGCUUCGCCGAUGCGAUAGACGAUUUACUAGACAGGGUAGGCCUGCCACAGAACGAAUCCCCUUCGCUCAGGAGAGGUGCACUCUUAGACUUAGCGGUCAAACUCCAUCAAAAGCCGUUUCUUCUCCAAUUCAGAGACCACGGUGCACCGCGAACUCUCUUUAAUGAACUUCACAAGGAGAGGGAUAUGGUAAAUGCAUUUGCCCUGAUCUCAUCGCUGCUUACUCUACUACUUGGCAAUGCGCCACUCCCAAGUUACAAGUCUCUGCAGGAGGAGGGUAUUUGCCCUCUACUGGAAAGAAUGCUGCACCACAAUGAGGACAUCUGCGUAAUCGCAGGGCAGCAGCGCCUAAGCGUUCCCAGGAAAAAUCAGCCGGCCCUGUCAACUCUCAGGGCAGCAGUCGGCGGCCUCAGUGUGUGGGAUUCGCCCCCGAAGCUGAUCUCCCCACGUACUCUUGCGCUCAAGUUCAUGCACCUUGCCUGCCAGUCCCCGGAAGGUACGGACUGUAUAAAGACUUCGGAAGACAUUACAGAGGUUCUGUUUUCUCUCCUGAAGGCGUAUCUCCGAUCGAAUCGCCUGAAAAAUGACGCCAGCGUUAGGGGUCGUGAUUACCUCAUGGUUGUCUCCAUCCUAGAGGGGCUCUCGGUGACCACUUCGACCUCUGAAGUGGCAGUUCAAUGGACACAGGAAUACCUCCAUACCAUCUCAACGGCCCUUGAUACUGCUCUUGCGUGCGCUGUUGCCGACUUUGGACCGUCGGAGAAUUCGGUCCUCAAAUUGGCGAUGAACGCAACCAACAACAACCCUUCUGCUGCUGUUAUCUGGCAGGACAGGAAGCAUCUUCAAAAUCUUACCAAAGCCUCUACUACGUACUUCCGGUUGGUCAAGGACGGGGUAGCCAAGGGCAGCUGGAAUGGCGAAUUUUACAAUCGAUUGCUUCUGAUUCUAGGUGUGAUGAUCAACGUUUGCGAGCAUAUCUCCUCGUCUCACAGCCUUCUGGAAGGUGAUUCGUUAGACGACCUCAUCAGCACGUUUCUCGAAAACUCAUCGUCCACAAAAGAGGCAGAUUCAGUCGAAAAGUCACAGCUCAAUGUCAUCGUUGGAUACAUUGCCAUUGUCCUUGGCUACCUAUGUUUAUCCCUGCCAAUAAGGCGGCGGUUUGAGUCAAUGAAUUCCCCGAAUGGUGUGGUUUGUCUUGUGGGAGCGAUUAAAGAGUUCAUCUCCUUUUACCAGAGCAUCGAUCAUAAAAAGGACUCGAGUGGACAAGUCACACGUCUUCAAGGACUUGCCGACGCCCUUCAAGAGGAGGGAACCGAUCUCGUGGCGGCGGUGUCCAUCCCAUACUCAGAAGGAUAA